UCUCCAAGACUCGCUCAAGCGCCCUUGCCACUUACACGUGGGCCAGUCCUUGCUUUCGGACCCACACACAGAGAAACAUCAGCUCUAGCCUUUUGCGUGUCAGUUGUCGCGUCUGCUUCUCUGACGUGCUGUAUUGUACUACUAUUUAUCGUCAACUCUUCUUGCUCUUGGAAGCAAGCUGCUCCUACUCUACAGAGCACGCAGAGGUGCUUUGAGUCUCCGAGAUCAUGAGGCACAUGCAUCUCUUGCUGGUGACUACCUGUUUGUGGGCUCUGUCAUGCGCCCUGCUGCUUCACGCUUCCCCUGAUGGGUUGCUAAGGAUCAGCCUGAACAAGAACAGACUGGACCAUGAAGCGUUGACCGCUGCGAAGCUGGCCAGGCAGGAUAGCCGCCGUCUGAGGAGCGGCGGCUUGAGAGGUGGCGAUGCCGUCCCUCUGGAUGACUACCUCAACACCCAGUACUUUGGGGUGAUCGGCAUCGGCACGCCGCCGCAGAAUUUCACCGUGAUAUUUGACACCGGGAGCUCCAACUUGUGGGUUCCGUCAUCGAGAUGCUAUUUCUCGAUAGCGUGCUACUUCCACCAUCGAUACAAGUCGAGCAAGUCUAGCACUUACAAGGAAGAUGGAGAAACUUGCAAAAUCACUUAUGGUUCUGGAUCGAUUGCUGGAUUCUUCAGCAAGGAUAACGUGCUGGUUGGAGACCUCGUUGUGAAAAGCCAGAAGUUCAUUGAGACAACACGUGAAGCCAGCAUUUCAUUUAUCCUUGGGAAGUUUGAUGGCAUUCUUGGUCUUGGAUACCCGGAUAUCUCCGUCGGCAAAGCUCCUCCAAUUUGGCAGAGCAUGCAAGAGCAGAAACUGCUUGCAGACAACGUCUUUUCGUUCUGGCUUAACCGAGAUCCUGAUGCAUCUUCCGGUGGUGAGCUUAUCUUUGGCGGCAUGGACCCAAAACACUACAAAGGAAACCACACCUAUGUCCCUGUUUCCCGCAAAGGUUACUGGCAGUUCAACAUGGGGGAUCUCCUGAUUGAUGGCCACUCAACUGGUUUCUGUGCCAAAGGCUGUGCUGCUAUUGUGGACUCUGGGACUUCUCUGCUGGCCGGUCCAACGGCAAUAGUUGCUCAGGUGAACCAUGCAAUUGGAGCUGAGGGAAUUAUCAGCACUGAAUGCAAAGAAGUGGUGAGCCAGUAUGGAGAGAUGAUCCUCAACUUGCUCAUAGCACAGACAGAUCCGCAGAAAGUGUGCAGCCAGAUUGGUCUCUGUUUGUUCGAUGGCACUCACUCUGUCAGUAAUGGAAUUGAAUCUGUUGUCGAGAAAGAAAACCUGGGCUCAAAUGUGAUGUGCUCAGCCUGUCAGAUGGCUGUUGUGUGGAUAGAGAAUCAGCUCCGUGAAAACAAAACGAAGGAGCUGAUCUUGCAGUAUGCUAAUCAGCUAUGUGAGCGUCUACCAAGCCCCAACGGAGAAUCAACAGUCAGCUGCCAUCAGAUCUCAAAGAUGCCUAAUCUUGCAUUCACCAUUGCAAACAAGACCUUCACCCUAACACCAGAGCAGUACAUUGUGAAACUGGACCAAGGAGGGCAAACUGUUUGCAUCAGUGGGUUCAUGGCAUUCGAUAUACCACCACCUCGUGGUCCUCUUUGGAUUCUUGGGGAUGUCUUCAUGGGGGCUUACCACACGGUGUUCGACUUCGGUAAAGACAGGAUCGGCUUCGCAAAAUCUGCAUGAAGGGUGUGAGAGCACUCUGCUCUUCACAAUGAUAUCAUAUCUUUUUAUGAAUGUAUUGUGUGGUUGUGUCUACUACAUGAACUCAACACAUUGUAAAUAAACGGAUUGCAAAAGUGCUGAGACCAAACUAGUGAUGUAGGACAAGGGUAAACUUCUUUGUUUCUUUCUGAAGAAGAGAGGAAACGUAUGUCUGAAGAGCUAUGCUUGAGACAUCACGGUUGAUGUAAAUUGAACAAAGGAACAUUGUAAUAAAUAGCCUGCUCAUCUGAUCUCA